UGUGUUUUGAGAGAGAUGUCUCGUAUAAGCGAAAAUCAUUUGCCCGUUAAAUUAUUCCUAUGCUAAUUAUUAUCAUAACUGUUGAGUUGAUUGGUUUACACCGGAUUGGCACAUUAAACUAGAAAGCCAAACACUGCUUAAAAGACCAAAUGAAGACUUUUCUUGACACACAGUGUCGUGUUUGCUGAAGACUUGUAAACGGAUCAAGUUCGUGGUAUAAUCUCAUAAUGGAUCGAUGAAGAUAUGUAGCUUACUUGAUAUCUAAAUACCGCUAGUGAGCUUUCGGAGUCAAGAAGUGAAACCUUCAAAUUGAUGCCAUGACCACUACAAACGCAUCAACAAACUCAUCCGAUCCCUACGAAGCGGCAAGACAAGUUGCCCUAGUCUAUCUUAUCAUGGUGGGGACGUUGGGAAUCAUUGGGAAUUCUCUCGUAAUUCUCGUCUUUUUUAAGUAUGCCAAACUUCGCACCGCUACAAAUGUGUUUAUUAUAAACUUGGCUCUCUGUGACCUCAUUAUUUCAGUCUUGGACAGCAGUUUUUCGAUAGCUUCAAGUCACAAUAACCAAUGGAUGUUUGGAAAACCUGGCUGCCUUUGCUAUGGGUUUCUACAUUACUUUUUUAUCAGCAUCACCGUAAGCACUCUAGCAGCUAUUUCAGUUGACCGGUUUUUUUACAUCACCAAACCAGUCCAAGCUAAAGCCUGGAGGAUUACGAGAACUAGAGCCAUUGUUAUGCUCAUAAUUAUUUAUAUUUAUGUCUUGCUUUUCACCUUUCCACCCUUGACUGGAUGGAGCUCGUUUAUCGUAGAAGAACACUUUUUUAGCGGUUGUUAUAUUCACUAUGGCGACCAGCAACCGCCUUCUAUUGGAUACUCCGUGGUCGCGUCGUUCUUCUUAUUCUUGGUCCCGCUCAUAGUCAUGGUCUUCUGCUAUUCGAGGAUUUUUUCCGCCGUACGACUAAGCACACAAAAAACUAUCUCCAAGACUUUAAAGCCCUCUACUCCAGGAUCAGUACGUAAAAGAUAUCCGUUACUAAAGAGGACACAUGUACAGACUGCAAAAAUGAUAGUCGUGGUGAUAUUUUUUUGCGUUAUUGUUUGGAUGCCUUAUGUGAUUGUCUCACUUAUUAAGGCAUUUACUGGCAAUGCUAUGCCGUUAGCUUCUCACGUAACGGUCCUUAUUGCUAAGUCGUGCGUUAUAUACAAUAUACUUAUAUAUGUCGUACUGAAUAGAAAACUAAAAGCUUCGGUUAUCAACUUUAUUUGUUGUGGAAAAACAACAGACUUUUUCAGCACAAGUAUUAGUAAACCCUCCGUCUCUAAAGUCAUGACUUCGGAAGCAAGGAAUCGUCUGAGUGCCAUAGCAGCUGUCGCAGAGGCUAAUGAAUCGGGCGGGUUGAGUUCCGACAAGCCUUCUCCGGUUCUCGGAAAAGAGAAAGCUUUUAAAGAGCCUAGAGUGGAGCUAGUAGGAUACCUUCCGCCUCUUGGGUAUCACAAGAAAGAACAACGAAAGACAGUUGAUUUUUGUAAUGAAAAUACCGAUUUAUCGUGUGAUGAUAUUAAGACAAAAGAGGUAAAGGUUACUGGACGAAAUGGAGAGAAUGUGCCCGUUAACUUUCGACCAAGAGGUCACGAACAAACCGAAAUCAAAAGCCUUUCGUUUACCACGCUGGAAGAGAAAAAUAAAAUCAUUAAUCGGCAGGAUGGAGCGAAUAAAACAGAAAAAAGACCUCGUGCAGGACCAAAUGAACUCACUAAAUGUGAAGCGAGGAGGAGAGCGAUGAGAAAAGUGAACGGGGUACAUGGGAAAGAAAGAAAAAUGUUGCCUAAAAUACCUAACAAAAACGAAAAAAGAGAGUUCCAAAACUUUCAAAAUAACAACAAUACGAAUGUUAAUCGUAGUCCUUCAAAAACUUUAAUUGUACAUAGUCGAGAAAACUCCUCUUCAACUGCAAUUCCAAGCUCGGCGAACAGCACACUAAGUGAUAGAUCUUUGACAAGUGCAAAAGACGAAAGCUCGACUGAGAAUUUCCCCAUUCGACAUGAACCAGUUCAAAAACACAAACCAAGCUAUCGAAAAUCUAAGACAAUUGGUUAUAGAGGAGGUAAAAACGCUUUCCUUAAAGAAAGGCUGAAAAAGGCAAGCAAAGAUCCACUGCAAGUGUCACCGAGCGAACUAAAUGAAAUUCAAAACUACUGGAAGCGUAUGAGCCUUUGUCUGGAUGACAUAAAUAUUGAUGGCGAAGUUGCGUAGGGAAUGAAACUGGAUAUCGCAUCAUAACAUAAUUAAAAAACACAAUUCAGAAAUUCAAAUCCUGAACAAUUAAUGUUCGUAUUGCUUCAUGUUUUAAUUCAGAUCUACUCUACGAAGCCAGCGCCAGUCCAAGAAACAAAAACAGUUACCCAUUAUCAUGAGUUUCAGUGUGGGUGUUGACGAUCGUUCAAAAGAGUAGUUUUAUAUAUACGUUACCCAAACUACAGAAAUAUGCGAUUUUUUUAAAUUAAAUAAAGUAAAAGGAAUGAAUUCAUUAAGAGUUCUUUAAUUUAAAGUCAGGAAAGGAGAUAUCCGGGAAAAAUAACGAUAAAAGGAACGGAUCCGGAGGGACUGCGAGGCUUCCGGACUGGUUUUAGUCGGGCAGAUCCGUGUAUCGUAUUUCACUGGUUAUUUGUGGGAUUUAGUUUAGUUUAGGGAUAAUCGUAUAGCUACAUAUUAACGGCCAUAUGCUAACUUCCCAAUCAGAUAUUUAUAAAACUAAUAAAGAUCUUCUUCUAUAGCUAGCCCCAUAGGUCUUGGCGCGUUCAAUCAGGUUUAUUAAUUAGCCACAUGCAAAACUAUUAAAAACGACCCACGUGAAGUAAUA